CUGGCGGGAUGGCCGGGGCCCCAGCGCAGGCGCAGGGAUUCCCAGCGUGCGCGGGCUGAUGGAGUUUUGGAAAGCUGAGGUGUGCACUAAGGCGUUCGGGGUCGCGUUCUUCCUGCUGCUGUUUGCACUGCUUGUUCGCCAACUACUGAAGCAGAGACGGCCGGCGGGCUUCCCGCCGGGCCCUCGGGGGCUGCCAUUUAUCGGCAACAUCUACUCUCUGGCCACCUCAGCUGACCUUCCUCACGUGUACAUGCGGAAGCAGAGCCAGGUGUACGGCGAGAUUUUCAGUUUAGAUCUUGGAGGAAUAUCAACUGUGGUUCUCAAUGGCUAUGAUGUAAUAAAGGAAUGCCUUGUUCAUCAAAGUGAAGUUUUUGCAGAUAGACCAUGCCUUCCUCUCUUCAUAAAAAUGACAAAAAUGGGAGGUUUACUCAAUUCCAGAUAUGGCAGAGGAUGGAUUGAUCACAGAAGAUUAGCUGUAAAUAGUUUCCGCUAUUUUGGAUAUGGUCAAAAGUCUUUUGAAUCUAAAAUCUUAGAAGAAACUCAGUUUUUUACUGAUGCUAUUGAAACAUACAAAGGCAGACCUUUUGACUUUAAACAAUUAAUAACAAAUGCUGUUUCAAAUAUAACUAAUCUGAUCCUUUUUGGAGAACGAUUUACUUAUGAAGACACUGAUUUUCAGCACAUGAUUGAGUUAUUUAGUGAAAAUGUAGAACUAGCUGCCAGUGCCUCAGUCUUCCUGUAUAAUGCCUUUCCAUGGAUUGGCAUCUUACCUUUUGGGAAACAUCAACAGCUAUUUAGAAAUGCAGAUGUGGUUUAUGAAUUUCUAUCUAAACUUACUGAAAAAGCUUCAGUCAACAGAAAGCCUCAUUCACCUCAGCAUUUUGUUGAUGCUUAUUUAGAUGAAAUGGAUCAAAGCAAAAGCGAUCCAUUAUCUGCUUUCUCCAAAGAAAAUCUAAUUUUCUCAGUGGGUGAACUGAUCAUUGCGGGAACUGAAACUACAACCAAUGUGCUACGCUGGGCAAUGCUUUUCAUGGCCCUUUAUCCGAACAUUCAAGGACAAGUUUGGAAAGAGAUUGAUUUAAUUAUAGGCCCAAAUAGGAAGCCUUCCUGGGAUGACAGAUGCAAAAUGCCUUACACUGAAGCAGUUUUACAUGAAGUUUUAAGAUUCUGUAACAUAGUUCCAUUAGGGAUUUUCCAUGCAACCUCUGAAGAUGCAGUUGUACGUGGUUAUUCCAUUCCUAAAGGCACGACCGUAAUUACAAAUCUUUAUUCUGUACACUUUGAUGAAAAAUACUGGAGAAACCCAGAAGUGUUCUAUCCUGAGCGAUUUUUGGACAGCAGUGGACAUUUUUCCAAGAAGGAAGCUUUGGUACCUUUUUCCCUGGGGAGAAGACAUUGUCUUGGAGAACAACUGGCUUGGAUGGAAAUGUUCUUGUUUUUCACAACUUUGCUUCAGAGGUUUCAUUUGCAGUUUUCACAAGACCAAGUUCCAAAUCUGAAGCCCAAGUUAGGCAUGACAUUGCAGCCCCAGCCUUACCUUAUCUGUGCCAAAAGACGGUGAAAGCACCUAAUCAGUGUAGUAUUUAGAAGAAAGCUACAGUGUCAUCAAGUCAAGUGACCACAGAUGUGCUAUUAAAAACAGUAGUAGAUAAAUAACA